AUGGGUAAGAAAAAUACCAAGGGUGGUAAGAAAGGAAGAAGAGGAAAGAACGAGAGUGAUGGCCCAAAGCGUGAGCUUUAUUAUAAGGAAGAGGGCCAAGAGUAUGCUCAAAUUACCAAGAUGCUCGGAAACGGUAGAGUAGAAGCUACAUGUUUCGAUGGUGUUAAGAGAAUGGCUCACAUUAGAGGUAAGUUGAGAAAGAGGGUCUGGAUGGGUCAAGGUGAUAUCAUCUUAGUAUCUUUGAGAGAUUUCCAAGAUGAUCAGUGUGAUGUUGUGCACAAGUACAAUUUGGAUGAAGCUAGAACAUUGAAGAGUCAAGGUGAACUGCCUGAAAACGCCAAGAUUAACGAAACUGAUAACUUUGGUUUCGAAUCCGAUGAGGAUGUUAACUUCGAGUUCGGUAAUGCCGAUGAAAGUGAAGAUGAAGAAGAAGAUGAUGAGCUCGACAUCGAUGACAUUUAA